AUGCCCGGAUCAGAGUCACCAGCUCGGCAAAUAUCACCCGAAGCCGAAAACAUGCAGCCGAGGUCGCCUCCGUCAGGCUCGGGCUCGGAGCCCGAGAGCGGUAGCCAGCAAGCCGGCACCGCCGACAGACCAAAAACCACCAAACGCCGUGCCGCGAGAGCCUGCGAAUCAUGCCGGAGACGCAAGGUUCGCUGUGAUGUUGUCACUCAGAGCCCUUGCACCAACUGUCUGUACGAGAAGGUGGAGUGCCUGGUUCCAGAGUGCAGGAGGAAAAGAAAGCAUCACUCAAGAGUCUCAGAAUCUCUCGGCUCGAGUGUCGGGUCGAGUACCGAGGCUUCGCUCCUGCGGGCCAAGUGCCUCGGCUCAGCCGCGCCAAUGGGCUACGCUCAGAACGGCCAAAAUCUCGACUUCACUUACACUGGCAACCCUCUUUUGAGGCAGCAGCUGUUUUCCCAGGCCGGGAGUGACGCGAUACGAAACCAGCAGUAUCUGAAUCUCUCCUAUCAGAACGGUGCAGCCGGCUUUGGCUCAAAUGCUCCUCUCAGGCCGAGGGUGUCUCCCUCGCUGCUGUACCAAAACACCGGCUUCCCACCGCUUCAGCCUGCCAUCGAAGUCAGCCAGCAACUCAAAUCGGUCCUCGAGGCUCAGGCACCACCAAUAGCACCGGCGGAGCCGCAGCUGCCGGCUUUCAUCAAACCGAUUCCCAAGGCUGUCUCCCCCGAGGAUCUCGACUACCUCAAUGCCAAGAAGGCUCUCACGCUCCCGCAUCCUCAGCUACGAGAUGCCCUGCUCAAGGCAUACGUCGAAUAUGUGCACCCGUACAUGCCCGUGAUGGACGUCCAUCCUUUCCUCAAUGCGAUCAACGACCAGACGGGCCAAUCCGGCAAGAUCAGCUUGCUGUUAUUUCAGGCCGUCAUGUUUGUGGCGACUGCUUUUGUCGAUGAGGACUUGUUGAAGGCCGAGGGUUAUCAGGACCGGAGGGAGGCGCGGAAGGCCUUCUUCAGCAAGGCGAGGGUUCUGUAUGACUGCGAUACUGAACUCGACCGCCUGCACCUGGUCCAGGCUCUUCUCAUGAUGACUUACUGGUACGAAUCACCAGACGACCAAAAAGACACCUGGCACUGGAUGGGCGUGGCCAUCUCACUGGCCCAAACCAUCGGUGUGCAUCGCAACCCGGUGGCGACGAAUUUCCCGCCAGCAAAGAGGGGAUUGUGGAAGCGGAUCUGGUGGUCAUGCUACAUGCGGGAUCGCAUGAUCGCCCUCGGGAUGCGCAGGCCGACCAGGAUCAAGGACGACGACUUUGACGUGCCAAUGCUGGAGGAGGGCGACUUUGAAAUCGGCAGACUCCGGGAGGACAACCAACUGCUGGGCCCUGACUGCGCUCUGGUCCGCGACGUCGAGAUGCAGAGGGAGCUGGCGUUCAUGUGCAUCGAGAUGGCGAAGCUGUGUCUUCUUGUCAGCGAGAUGCUCAGGGCGCAAUACUCGAUCCUCAGCCGAGGCGGCAUGCGGCCGGACGUCACGACAGCGAGCACGAUGAUGCUCCUGCCCAAGAAGGACCAGAACCCGGACGGCUUUGCCAUGACUCAGCAGGUCGACGCCAUGCUCAACCAGUGGGCUGUCGGCCUGCCGUCCUGCUGUCAGCGCCAGCCGGUGCCCCUGACCCCCAUCGAAGAAGGGCGCAGGCCUGUUGUCCUGCAGCGCCACCUCUUGCAUCUCAUCUACUACACCACCGUCUCGGCCCUCCACAGGCCGCAGUUCCUCCGCCCUCAGAGAGCCGAGCCCGUCAUCCCGACAAAAGCCCAGCAGUACUCCCAAGAACGGGUGCGUGACGCAUCAAGGGAGGUGAUCAAAAUGGUCACCGAACUCCGCCAGCACGGUCUAGAGCGGUGCCUCCCCACCACCGGCGUCACCGUCCUCCUCCCCGCAAUGAUCAUCCAACUCCUCGACUCGACCGCCCUCGACGCAGACGACCAGACCAGAGCCCAAGCCGCCCAGGGCUUCAAGGAGCUCCUCGCCGUCAUGAGAAACCUAAAGGAAAUCUACGCCGCGGCAUCCUACGCCGUCAACUUUAUGACCUGUGUUCUCCAGGGACGGGCCUCGCAGCAGCAGGUGCAGAGACCGCAGCAGGCGUUUCAGAGCGUGUCCACUGCUACUCCUGGUGGUGGGAUGAACAUGAUGCCUUCUUCCAUGCCGGAGCGGCCGUCGACGCCGCCGCCGGAUGACUCGCAGUUUAUCAGCUCGGCUAUGCAGGGGGUCAAUAACCUUUACAAUCACCCCCAGCAUCAGACGCCCGGGUUUGCGGGGAGUGGGAUGGCGGCUGGUGGUGGUGGGGAGAUGGAGGAUACUAUCAUGAUGAUGGGUGGGCAGACGCCCCCCGGGACGGAUUAUGACUCUGGGUCGCCUGGGGCGGAGCAUGGGGGUAGUGGUCUUGAUGGUGGCGGGGAGGAGACGUUGAAGCACCACUUUGGGGGGGCUCAGCAGAGCGCGACUAACGGGGCGGGGAAUGAGGUGGUGUAUAGUGAGUGGUUGGAGGAGUAUCCGGGUGAUAUUGGGGGGCCGGAUGGGGAGUUUUUGGGGAUGGGGAUGGAUAUGGGUGGUUCGGGGUUGGGUGUCGUGGGGGAGGAGGCCAAUGCGAGGUAUGAGUGGAACUCUAUGAGCAUGGGUGGUUGA